AUGUACAGGAUAAUGAAAACCCGGUGCCUUAUCCUUUUCCUUUCGCUUUCGAUAUCCUUGGCUUCCUCCAGCGCAGCUAAGGAUCUGCAGAGGUCCUCGGACCAACAUGACGACAAUCCAUGCAGCGCGUACCGCAUUUGGGUGUGGAGACCCAUCCUCGAUCGCUUCGUGAAGGUGAACUCCAGCGAGGAGCUGAAGCAGCAGAUGAACGCCAUGGCAGAAACCAUCAAGGACCUGCAGACUCGCAUCACUCACAAGGACGAGCAGAUUCUGUUGCUAGCCACGCAGCUGGACAAUCAAAGUGCCAGGGUGAACGUCCUGACCAAGAACCUGCAACUUCUGCGCAGUGAGUGGCUAGCAGCCAAGGCGGAGGUCAAGCGCAAGGACAUACAGAUACAAUUGGGUGCCGAAAAACUCAACCACCUGAGCGAUGAACUCUUGAAGUGCAGCCGCCAGGAUACGUGUCCCAUUGACCGCCAAAAUGGCAUUUACAAGCUGAAAAUCCGCGGAUUGGAUGCAUUCGAAGCACCCUGCAGCUCCACUGGCUGGUUGACCAUACAGAAACGCUACGAUGGCUCCGAGAAUUUCGAUCGCACGUGGAAGGACUACAAGGAUGGUUUCGGCCGUGUGAGGGGAGGAGAGUUCUUCAUCGGCCUGGAGAAAGUGCACCACAUGACGCGGCAACGCAGGCACGAGCUGUACAUAAAGCUGGGCAAGAUCGAUGGCUCCACCAGCUAUGCCCACUACGAUGACUUCGAAAUUGGCGGCGAGCAUGAAGCGUAUGCGCUCAAGUCACUGGGUAUCUACAAUGGAACAGCCGGCGAUUCCCUGAGGCCCCACGAGCGCCAGAAGUUCACCACCAACGACAGGGACAACGAUGCCUACAGGUUCAAUUGUGCCGCCGAUGAGUAUGGCGGCUGGUGGUACUACGACUGCGCCAAAAGCAUGCUCAAUGGCAAGUUCUACAAGGAGGGCCGCUCGAGGAAUGGAAAGACCAAUGGCAUUAUGUGGGGUUCGUGGCACAACAACGAUUGGACCUACUCGCUUACCUUUGUGGAGAUGAUGAUAAAGCCGCGCAGCUUUUGA